AUGUGUGAGGACGCUGCACUACCGAGGCGCGACACACUGCAUACUGUGCAGGUACAUCGAGGUGUAGCUUCUGCUCGUGAAAACGGUGGCGUGUCUCUUACAACUGCAUCUCGGCUCGAUACGUUCACAUGCAGCCAGACUAAUGCGCCGUAUUGCGUAUGCAUUACCUAUGCAUCUGUGCUACGGUUCGAUGGGCAUCUAUCAAAUCAAUCGAUCCGUCUCGAGCUAGAAGAUGCCUCAUGGUGUUGUGUAGUACACGCUAUUACCUGGAAGACAACAGCACAUGAUAUGGAAUGGAUAUUUCCUGUAAUGCUCCCUGGAGCGGAUCCGCUUUUGCAGCAGCAAUUGCCCAGGAAGACGCAAAUUGUGGCGAUCAUCAGCGAUGGCGAGCAGCAAAGCGCGGUCUACCUACUCUUUUGGCGCCGGACGUGCUGCAGUGCUAGUAUAGGAUUGAAGUCAGUAUCCUGCCUAGUGAAUACAGUCUAUAGAGUAGGUGGAGGACAUUUGCUCCACCGCGAAUGGUUAGCGACUCCAGGCUUGCUUCAAGGCUUCCCGGCGCUCUCACUGGCCCAGACCAGGGGCGCAACUGAGCCGGCUAAGACUCUAACCCCCGUUCGUGCCAAAUUGAGCAUCCCAGAGUCCAUGUGGCAUGAUGAUUGGCCGCUUCACCAGGACGAGGCGGCCUGAGAACUGGGAGCAGAAUAUUAA